CUCCAGCCUUUGAAACCUCUACCAGCAACACUGCGCCUGCGCACCACAAAGCCUCUCCUGACUGACGCUGCACUCUAACACACAAGACAGACUGGAGAAUGUCGGCGGCGUACAGAGAGAGACCCAACACAUCGAAUGCAGAGAUAAGUGAAAUAAAGCAACUUUAAAUCAACCUUCUGUGUGUAUUUGUGUUUGUCAUGUAAGCGACAUGAAUGUGUAUGCGAUGUGUAACGUAGCUGCUUUGAAUACGAGCUUCUAUCCGAGUGUGUGUGUGUUCAGGGAACGUGAAAUGUUGAAGGUGUGUGUAGAUGAGUGCUGCCGCUACCGGCGGCGACAGGACAAAGUUACAAUAUUAACGAAAAGCAGAUUUGUAAGUAAGGCGGCAACAGGGCAAAGUUACAAUAUUAACGAAAAGCAGAUUUGUAAAUGUUGUGGCGGUAAAUACGUUGGUGCUCAACUGAUCUUCUGAAUCAAAAGUUUCUGACAAAACCUCCGUCUUCUGGUUCUGCUGAUGAUCUAAUCUGAAGUUUCAACUAUUAACGCUACACACGCUACUGUCUGUAUAUGCGGCGGUUAGUGUUCGGGUGAUAACUAAGCUGGUGUUCAACUGAUCUUCUGAAAAAAAAUAAACCACCAAAAAAAUUGAUGCAAAAUCUCCGUCUUCCGAAAAAAAAAAUUGACAAAUCUCUGUCUUCCGAAAAAAAAAAUUGACAAAUCUCUGUCUUCCGAAAAAAAAAAAAAAAAAAACCCAAAACCUCUGUCUUCUGGUUCUUCCCUGAAGUUUCAACUAUUAACGCUACACACGCUACUGUCUGUAUACGCGGUGGUUGUGACUCAGGCAGGCCUCAGUUGAUAUUCUGAAAGGAAAUUGUGCAAGUUAAAUACCCUUCUCUUGACAUGGGCAACACGUUGAAUAUUACAGAGCCUCAAAUAGGCAUCUACAUUGCACAACGACCUGUGUACCAGCAUGUUGAAAAUUCUCACGUGAUCAAUAUGGUAGAAAAUUGUACCAACUCUGAUGAAGAAGGAGGCUUCAAAUGGUUCCUGGAUAAGAUAAAAAUGAUAAUUACCUAUGGAAAAUUGCUCAAGGACUUCUACGAAUUGUGCAGCUUCAUACUUGGCCUGUUAGCCUAAAAACAAGAACCACAGGACAAAAAAGGAAAGAGGAGAGGAUGACAUCACAGAGAUCAUGGACCAAUGCAGCCAUCUUUCAGUUCUUCAACUUUCUAUGGACGAGACAGACUCCCAAGCUGAGCCCAAAGCCCGACAUGACGGCCUCCCAGACUCUGGGUGGAGGACAUCACAGAGAUCUGGUAUUGACGGAUCAUCAUCCCGCUCUCCGACUUACGACGGAGCCCACCCCCACCCGCCUCUCAGACUCCAACCGGAGGCCGGAGCCGACGAGACGGCCUCCCAAGUGGACCCGGGACCCCGACAGGUCGGCCUGGCAAACUUUGGGAGGGGGACGUCACAGAGAUCUGGUAUUGACGGGGUCAUCAUCCCGCUCUUCGACUUACGACGGAGCCCACCCCCACCCGCCUCUCAGACUCCAACCGGAGGCCGGAGCCGGCGAGACGGCCUCCCAAGUGGACCCGGGACCCCGACAGGCCGGCCUGGCAAACUUUGGGAGGGGGACGUCACAGAGAUCUGGUAUUGACGGAUCAUCAUCCCGCUCUCCGACUUACGACGGAGCCCACCCCCACCCGCCUCUCAGACUCCAACCGGAGGCCGGAGCCGACGAGACGGCCUCCCAAGUGGACCCGGGACCCCGACAGGUCGGCCUGGCAAACUUUGGGAGGGGGACGUCACAGAGAUCUGGUAUUGACGGGGUCAUCAUCCCGCUCUCCGACUUACGACGGAGCCCACCCCCACCCGCCUCUCAGACUCCAACCGGAGGCCGGAGCCGACGAGACGGCCUCCCAAGUGGACCCGGGACCCCGACAGGUCGGCCUGGCAAACUUUGGGAGGGGGACGUCACAGAGAUCUGGUAUUGACGGGGUCAUCAUCCCGCUCUCCGACUUACGACGGAGCCCACCCCCACCCGCCUCUCAGACUCCAACCGGAGGCCGGAGCCGACGAGACGGCCUCCCAAGUGGACCCGGGACCCCGACAGGUCGGCCUGGCAAGCUUUGGGAGGGGGACGUCACAGAGAUCUGGUAUUGACGGGGUCAUCAUCCCGCUCUUCGACUUACGACGGAGCCCACCCCCACCCGCCUCUCAGACUCCAACCGGAGGCCGGAGCCGACGAGACGGCCUCCCAAGUGGACCCGGGACCCCGACAGGUCGGCCUGGCAAGCUUUGGGAGGGGGACGUCACAGAGAUCUGGUAUUGACGGGGUCAUCAUCCCGCUCUUCGACUUACGACGGAGCCCACCCCCACCCGCCUCUCAGACUCCAACCGGAGGCCGGAGCCGACGAGACGGCCUCCCAAGUCGACCCGGGACCCCGACAGGUCGGCCUGGCAAACUUUGGGAGGGGGACGUCACAGAGAUCCCAGACUAAUGGAAUCACCUUCUGGUUCUUCAGUGUACUAUAAACUUUCUUGUGUAAUUUCAUGAUCUCAAUAAAUCAUUAUUCAUAUGAAGCCAUGUGCAAUUUUUUUCUGCCAGUCUGUAUCUUUUCUAAACCAUGUUGUCCUAAACAGCAAAACUUCAAAUAAUGACGUAAACAUGUCUCUGGUCUCCAUGGUGGGAGUUGUGGUUAAUAUCUUUUCAGUUAACGUUUACAUACGUCUUAAUAUAGCAGCUUAAUGAUAUUCACGUUUUAUGUUAACUAACAAACAAACAUACAAACAAAAAAUUUAUUUAUGCUUAUAAAACAAAGAUUUUUUUAACCAUACUCACACCCACAAAAUACAACACUAAGUGUAAUCUGAAGCGGAAGUAACCAGAAGCUGGAAGUAUAUUAUAGAACAAUAUGGAAAGUGUUUAAAUGCUUAUUUUCUAAAGGUACAGUGUGAAUCCCACAAGUAAAUAAGAGAAACAUAAAAACAAUACUUUGGAGUAUGAUUCUAGGAACCGGCAUAGAUUACAAAUACAUAUGACUGGUUUCUGAAUUUUUGUACACCCCCUAGUGAGUAUGUAUAUUUGUUUGAUAACAGGUCUAUUCACUGUGUAAGCAGGCAGGGCGUUGCUUGUCUUUCCUAUUAAAGUUAAAAUGUCUAAAACAGACGUAAAGAGCGGCCGUUCCCGUGGCGCAUCUGGUUUAUCCCCAGUAAGGUUUUUGCCCGGACGAUCGGGGUUCGAAUCCCCACCUGUGUGAAGGUUGGACUCCAGCCUUUGAAACCUCUACCAGGUAAGCGACGAAAAGAAUUAUACUGUGACAGAAAUGUUUGCCAAAAUUCACAGCUCCAGCUUCUACUAAUAAAAAAAGCGUCCAUGUUCUCGUCUCCCCUAUGAACACCCUGAAUGGUAUCGUCUGACUUCUAGCAACACUGCGCCUGCGCACCACAAAGCCUCUCCUGACUGACGCUGCACUCUAACACACAAGACAGACUGGAGAAUGUCGGCGGCGUACAGAGAGAGACCCAACACAUCGAAUGCAGAGAUAAGUGAAAUAAAGCAACUUUAAAUCAA